AGGAGGCCCCCGGGUGAGGUGCGGGAACGUGAGCGAGAGUUCCGGCCGGAGGCCCGAGCUGAGGGCCGGCGCCUUCAUCAUGGCCUCGGCCCAGCUGGACUACACCAUCGAGAUCCCGGAUCAGCCCUGCCGGAGCCAGGAGAACAGCCCCAACCAAGGCGGGAAGGAGGCGGGGACUCGACAGCCUUUGGUGAUUCUCUUGGGCUGGGGUGGCUGCACAGACAAGAACCUGGCCAAAUACAGCGCCAUCUACCACAAAAGGGGCUGCAUCGUGAUCCGAUACACAGCCCCCUGGCACAUGGUCUUCUUCUCCGAGUCCCUGGGCAUCCCUUCACUUCGUGUCUUGGCCCAGAAGCUGCUUGAGCUGCUCUUUGAUUACAAGGUUGAGAAGGAACCCCUGCUCUUCCACGUCUUCAGCAACGCCGGCGUCAUGCUGUACCGAUACGUGCUGGAGCUCCUGCAGACCCACCGGCGCUUCUGCCACCUGCGUGUGGUGGGCACCAUCUUUGACAGCGGUCCUGGUGAUAGCAACCUGCUGGGGGCUCUGAGGGCGCUGGCAGCCAUCCUGGAGCACCGGCCUGCCGCGCUGCGCCUGCUGCUCCUGAUGGCCUUUGCCCUGGUGGCAGUCCUGUUCCACGUCCUGCUGGCGCCACUCACUUCCCUCUUCCACACCCACUUCUAUGACAGGCUGCUCGACGCAGCCUCUCGCUGGCCCGAGCUCUACCUCUACUCCAGGGCCGACGAGGUGGUCCUGGCCAGGGACGUGGAGCGCAUGGUGGAGGCACGCCUGGCGCACCGGGUCCUGGUGCACUCUGUGGACUUCGAGUCAUCUGCACACGUCAGCCAUCUCCGCGACUACCCUACUUACUACACGAGCCUCUGUGUCAACUUCAUGCGCAGCUGCGUCCAGUGCUGAGGUCCUUGCCCUACACACCUCACCUCUGCUCCAGAAAUAAAUGCCUGACACCUCCGCAUAAGCUACAUCCAUGGGUGGGGUCCUCUUCUGGUUCAACUUCCUGCAGCCCUCUGGGACUUUAUGGUCCUCCAGGUAGAGAAUUUCCAUGGGCCUCUGUCCUGGGGACUGUGGUGGUCUGCUUAUCCCAGGAUUCUAGGGGCAGGAGUGCCUGCACGGGUCUCUGCGGAAGCCUAGCAGUGGUUGUGUUUGGAUAAGUGCAACAGUCAGGCUGCUGACUCCUGUGGCAUUUAGGCUGUGAAGGGUUAAUAAAGCUGGGGGUGGGGGGUAGGGGUGAGGACGAGCCCCAGCAUUGAUCUCUGAUUCCUUGACUAGAAGGUGAGCUUUGCAGGGAGGUGCCAGAGGGUAGGGGCAGGCUGGGGCAGGGGCUGUGAUCUGUGCUCCCAGGUCUCAGAAGGGCAGGGCCCCACAGCAUGGAGUGCCGUGCCUGUGGAUCCCGCUUGGCAGCUCACUCAGGCUUUUCAUUGCCAGGGAGUCUGAUGUGGAAGCCAAGUGGGGAGCUGAGGAUACACAGGUGGAGGGGCCUGUCCAGUUGUACCACACUUUGCCAGGAAGCCGCUAGAUCCACGAAAGUUGUAAGAUGUGUGUGUAAUGGGCAGAUGGAGUGGGGAGCAGGAAGACAGCAGUGCCAGACGGGAGCUGGGACAAGCUGAGUCAGGAGCCCUAAAGACCAGAACCAGAACCACUGGCCUGAAAAAAACUCCUUCAUCUCCUUGAGGGAGACCCACUUGGAUCCUCUGUAGGCAGAAGCGGUGGCUUCAGCCUUAGAGUCCUGUAUCAUCUACCAUUCUACAAGUCACUGCUGCACAAUGCUGGCACAUAGCUGGCAUUCAAUAAAUAUUUGUUGAUUUAAUGAGCUUACUGUGGUGAUCGAGGGACUUGGGGGGCAGGGAUGG